AGUUGAGAUGCAGUCAACUUUAAAGGGCAACAUCAAUUUAAAUCAAUAAAACUAACUAGACGCAUUUGCUUUCAAACAAACUUCUAGAAGACAAAAAAUUGGAGACACACAAUAUGACAAAAAUUGGACUCUUUGUAUUUAUUUUUCUCACCAUAGUUACAACAUUGGCAUUAGGAUUAAAACAGUGCAAAAAUUCGAGACAAUGUGGAAAACGGGCAUGUUGCGUUGCUGAUAAUCAGCCAAUUGGAAAGAGAGAUUUGACAAGUGUGCUUUUGAAACCAGAACCAUAUGGAGGCCACUGUGAGAGACUGGGAGAACUUGGUGAUGCUUGCUUAAUGGCAACAUUUGAUCCAUCCCAAGGCAUGUAUUGGAAAUGUCCUUGUAGAAGUGGCCUGACAUGCAUAGGGAGUGGCAUGAUAGAGGUUCCAUUGGGUGAAAUAGGGAAAUGCAGUUAUUCAAAAGAGGUAUAAGGAUAUCAGCAUUUUGGAAGACAAUUUUGACUAUAAAAGGAAUUUAAUAAAUAUACUAAAAUGAUCUAAUCUAA